GCUCGGUCAUGGAGCUUAUCCGUACAAGUUCAUAGUGAAACUGGGGAACUGUAAUUUUGACCAGUAAUUUAAAACACCCUCCACCUUCCCGGCUGCUUUGCUUGCUCCUCUGAUAAAGUAGGAGAGAGCUAGUUGCAUAAAUAAUCCUUACAGAUUUCCCCAGAUAUCGUUGUCAAUAUUUUAUUACCUACUAAUUCAGUGUCAGUGAUCGAUGCCCUUUAUAUUUAUUCUCCUCUGGUCUUACCUCAUUUGCUUCCUUCUCUCCCAAAAUAAGUACCGUUCAACCCAAAUCUACCUUUCAGUUCUGUUCAAUCUAGCAAGGCCAGUUCCAGUUCGUCUUCAUCAAACAUCGUUGGUUUUCAAAAGUCAAAACCACCGAUUACAUAUGAAGAUCCAGUGUGACGUGUGUAACAAGGACGAAGCGUCGGUGUUCUGCACCGCCGACGAGGCAGCUCUCUGCAACGGCUGCGACCACCGUGUCCACCAUGCCAAUAAGCUCGCGUCCAAACACAAACGCUUCUCGCUGAUCCACCCCUCCUCUCCCAAACAGUCUUCUCUCUGCGAUAUCUGUCAGGAGAGACGAGCUUUCUUGUUCUGUCAGCAAGACAGAGCAAUUUUGUGUAGAGAGUGUGAUGUUUCGAUUCACUCUGCAAAUGAACACACACAGAAGCAUAAUCGCUUCCUUUUCACAGGGGUCAAACUCUCUGCUACCUCUACAGUUUACGAGUCUGCUGCGGUUACUGAUCCCAAGCCUCAGCCUUUGAUCAACAAUAAGAAGCCAGUUAUUCCAGUCUCUUCUGCUAUUUCAAAGCCACCUUCAGUUCCCAAGGUUUCAACUUGUAAUAAUAACAGUGCUAAAAGUGGUGGGGGUUUGUUACCAAAUGAUGGGGUUGGAUCAAUGAGUAGCAUAUCAGAGUACUUGACUGAGACUCUUCCGGGUUGGCACGUUGAAGACCUUCUUGAUUUUUCGUCUAACCAAUCCUUUGGUUUCUGUAAGGCUGACAAUGGAAACUUACCGUUUUUCGAUGAUGAUAUUGAAAGCAAUCUGAGUUCUUUCUCGUCAGAAAACAUGGGGAUUUGGGUACCUCAGGGAUCCGGACCAAAUCCUUCUAUGCAACAUUCACAAAUGGGAUUCAAAGAUAUCACAAAGGAGGCUGCAAAUAUGAAUAUGAUCAAAGGCAACUAUAACAACAACUACAGGUCAAUGUCGAACGUCGACGAUAGCUUCACAGUUCCGCAGAUUAGUCCUCCUUCUGUUGGCUCCAAGAGGUCUAGACCUUUCUGAUACAACUUGAACUUCCAACAAUCCCGGUUCUUAGAUCUUUUCGAAUGUUAAUUUCCAACGGUUGUAAUUUUGUCUAAUGUAUCUUUCGGUUUUUCCAACUUAUUGUAUGAAGGCUGCUUCAUCAAUCCAGAUGAGGUUCAGCUACUUCUUCCUUGCACUAGUCCAUUGUAAAUAUCAAAGAGUUUCUGCA